GACUCUUUCGGCCACCGUAGCCGGGUCUUCUCUCCGCUACCUUUAUUUAUGCGCCUGCGCGCUGCGGGAGCGCCGUCCAUUUCUCCAUCAGCCUGGAAGGACGUUGCGGUUGAGCCGCCGAGAAGGAGAACUACCAUGUCCACUGCUUUGGCAAAACCUCAGAUGCGUGGCCUCCUGGCCAAACGUCUGCGAUUUCAUAUUGUUGGAGCAUUCAUCGUCUCUCUGGGGUUUGCAACUUUCUAUAAGUUUGCUGUGGCUGAACGAAGAAAGAAGGCAUAUGCAGAUUUCUACAGAAAUUAUGAUUCCAUGAAAGAUUUUGAGGAGAUGAGGAAGGCUGGUAUUUUUCAGAGUGCAAAGUGAUUUGGAAUAUAAAGUUCAGUUCAGUCGCUCAGGUGUGUCCGACUGUGACCCCAUGGACUGCAGCAUGCCAGGCCUCCCUGUCCAUCACCAGCUCCUGGAGUUUACUCAAACUCAUGUCCAUCAAGUCGGUGAUGCCAUCCAACCAUCUCAUCCUCUGUCGCCCCCUUUUCCUGCCUUCAAUCUUUUCCAGCAUCAGGGUCUUUUCCAGUGAGUCAGUUCUUUGCAUCAGGUGGCCAAAGUAUUGGACUUUCAGCUUCAGCAUCAGUCCGUCCAGUGAAUAUUCAGGACUGAUUUCCUUUAGGAUGAACUGGUUGGAUCUCCUUGCAGUCCAAGGGACUGUCAAAGACUUCUUCAACACCACAGUUCAAAAGCAUCAAUUCUUCAGUGCUCAGCUUUCUUUAAUAGUCCAACUCUCAUCCAUACAUGACUACUGGAAAAACCGUAGCUUUGACUAGAUGGACCUUUGUUGGUAAAGUCAAGUCUCUGCUUUUUAAUAUGCUCUCUAGGUUGGUCAUAACUUUCCUUCCAAGGAGUAACCAUCUUUUAAUUUCAUGGCUGCAGUCACCAUCUGCAGUGAUUUUUGGAGCCCCCAAAAAUAAAGUCUUGUCACUGUUUCCCCACCUAUUUCCCAUGAAGUGAUGGGACCAGAUGCUAUGAUCUUAGUUUUCUGAAUGUUGAGCUUUAAGCCAACUUUUUCACUCCUCUUUCACUUUCAUCAACAGGCUCUUUAGUUGUUCUUCGCUUUCUGCCAUAAGGGUGGUGUCAUCUGCAUAUCUGAGGUUAUUGAUGCUUCUCUUGGCGAUCUUUGAUUCCAGCUUGGGCUUCAUUCAGCCCAGUAUUUCUCAUGAUGUACUCUGCAUAUAAGUUAAAUAAGGGUGAUAGUAUAAAGCCUUGAUGUACUCCUUUUCCUAUUUGGAACCAGUUUGCUGUUCCAUGUCCAGUUGUAACUGUAUGCUUCCUGACCUGCAUACAGAUUUCUCAACAGGCAGGUCAGGUGGUCUGGUAUUCCCAUCUCUUUCAGAAUUUUCCACAGUUUGUUGUGAUCCACGCAGUCAAAGGCAUUGGCAUAGUCAGUAAAACAGAAAUAGAUGUUUUUCUGGAACUCUCUUGCUUUUUCGAUGAUCCGACAGAUGUUGGCAAUUUGAUCUCUGGUUCCUCUGCCUUUUCUAUAUCCAGCUUGAACAUAUGGAAGUUCACGGUUCAUGUAUUUUUGAAGCCUGGCUUGGAGAAUUUUGAGCAUUACUUUACUAGCAUGUGAGAUGAGUGCAAUUGUGCGGUAGUUUGAGCAUUCUUUGGCAUUGCCUUUCUUUGGGAUUCGAAUGAAAACUGACCUUUUCCAGUCCUCUGGCCACAGCUGAGGUUUCCAGAUUUGCUGGCAUAUUGAGUACAGCACUUCACAGAAUCAUCAUUUAGGAUUUGAAAGAGCUCAACUGGAAUUCCAUCACCUCCACUAGCUUUGUUUGUAGUAAUGCUUCCUAAGGCCCACUUGACUUCACAUUCCAUGAUGUCUGGCUCUAGGUGAGUGAUCACACCAUCGUGAUUAUCUGAGUUGUUAAGAUCUUUAUUGUAUAGUUCUUCUGUGUAUUCUUGCCACCUCAAUAUCUUCUGCUUCUGUUAGCUCCAUACCAUUUCUUUCCUUUAUUGACCCCAUCUUUGCAUGAAAUGUUCCCUUGGUAUCUCUGUUCCUUCUGUUAGGAUUUCUAGUUUCAUCCAUUGUGACCAGCAAAGAUACUUCAUGUGAUUUUAGUCUUAAAAAUCUGUUGUUCUGUGCCCUAAUAUGGAAAUUAAUCCAGGUAUGCUUAAGAAAAAGUAUAUGUAUUCUGAUGUUGGGUAGAAUGAUCUGUAUCUGUCUCUUAGAUCUGAUUGGUCUGUAAUGUUCAAGUCCUCUUAUUUUCUUAAUGAUCUUCUGUCUGGUCAUUUCAGUUACAGCCAUUAUUGAAAGUAUUGGGUUUGCCAAAGAGUUUGGUUAGGUUUUCUGUAAGAUUUUACGAAAAAACCUGAACGAACGUUUUGGCCAAUUUAAUAUUCUAAGUUGCCUACUAUUACGUAGAGCUGUCUAUUUCUCCCUUCAAUUCUGUUAGUGUUUGCUUCAUAUAUUUCCAGCCUCUCAUGUUUGUGUAUAUAUAAUCUGCCUUCUUGGUGAACUGACCCUGCCAUUUUAAAAUGUCCUUUGUGUUUAUAGCAUUUUUUGCCUUAGUCUAUUUUGUCUGCUAACAGUAUAGCCACUCUUGCUCUUUAGAUUGCUGUCUGUAUGGAAUCUCUUUUCAUCCUUAAUUUCACAACUGUGUGUAUCUUUGGAUCUAAAGUGAAUCUUUCGUAGAUAUCUCGUAGUUGGACCUCAAUCUAUGACUUUUGAUGGGGACGUUUAAACCAACCUGUUGUUAUAGUCUGUUUUGAAUUGCUGAUAACACACAUACAAAAAUGUAACCACAUAAAAUAUUUCUUUUACAACUCUGCACCCCUACUUUGUUACAAUUGUCACAGACGGCAUUUUUAGAUACUGUGUAUUUUUGGAUAUUGUGCCCAUUAA